AUGUGGCUGUUUCUGGUAAUGGCAUUCUUAAUCCAGCAGACUACAAAUUCAGAAGAAUCUUUCAGCAGAAGACAUUUGAAUCCUCAAGGAUUCAUGACAAUCCCUGAAAUCAUCCAAUAUUGGGGAUAUCCCAGCGAAGAGUAUGAAGUUCUGACUGAUGAUGGCUAUUACCUUCAGGUAAAUAGAAUUCCUCAUGGAAAACACUGUCCGGAGAAUGCAGGGCCUAGACCAGUCAUAUUACUCGUACAUGGUUUGCUUGGUGAAGGGAGGUGUUGGACUGGAAAUCUUCCUAGGAACAGCCUGGGAUUUUUUCUAGCAGAUGCUGGCUAUGAUAUCUGGAUAAUAAAUAACAGAGGGACCACUUGGUCUAGAAGACACCAGGAGUUUUCAAUUCACCAACAAGAAUUCUGGGAAUUUAGUUUUCAUGAAAUGGCCAUAUAUGAUAUUCCAGCAACAAUAACCUUCAUCCUACAGAAAACACAACAAGACUCUUUAUAUUAUAUUGGCUAUUCCCAAGGAGGAUCAUUAGGAUUCAUUGCUUUUUCAAUCCUGCCCUACCUCUCUGACAGAGUAAAGCUCUUCAUAGGCCUUACACCUGCUUAUAGCGUGGAAGAUAUUCGUGGGACCUUUGGUGUACUUGGAAAAAUUCCUGAAAGACUCAGAAGACUAAUAUGGGGCAGUAAAGAAUUUUGCAUUCUUAGUGAAAGACUAAAAGCCAUCAUGAUCUAUGCAUGCAGCUAUCCAGUAAUUGACCAGCUUUGCCUCCAAAACAUUUUCCUUGCAAGAGGAUAUAAUGAGAAAAACCUAAAUGUAGUAAGUAAGCUCUAUUUUUAUUUAUACUUUCUACAAAGGAAGUAG